UUGGCGCAUCAGCGGAGAACAGGAGAGAGAGAGAGGACGUGAUUUGGAGCUGCGGUUCUUUCCCUAGAUUCUGCGAGCGGUGGCCUCCCGCUUUAGGACGCACGACUCCUUUUGGAAUUGUACACUCUCUUUGCUGCUAACUUCCUUGCCUAUUCCACACCGGCCUUAUCCACCCGGCAAACCGCACUAUUCUGAACACCCAUUCCAUUGAUAGCGGUCCAUUAAGCGCAGCAAGAGCAGAACAGAGAAGAUGUCUGGGCAAGGCUAUCAGGGCAAGAAGAACAUUCCCCGCAUUACAAGUGACCGUCUCCUGAUCAAAGGGGCGAUAAUCGUGAACGAUGACCAGUCCUUCUGUGCUGACAUCUACAUGGAGGAUGGUCAUAUCAAACAAAUUGGCGAGAACUUGAUAGUGCCCGGUGGGGUGAAGACCAUCGAUGCCCACGGGCGCAUGUUGAUGCCAGGGGGCAUUGAUGUGCACACACGCUUCCAGAUGCCCGACCGGGGCAUGACCUCGGUGGACGACUUCUACCAGGGCACCCGCGCCGCUCUGGCAGGGGGCACUACCAUGAUCAUUGACCACGUGGUUCCGGAACCCGGGGUCAGUUUGCUGUCUGCCUUUGAGCAGUGGCGUGAGUGGGCGGACAGCAAGUCGUGCUGUGACUACUCUCUACAUGUGGACAUCACUGAGUGGCACAAGGGAGUCCAGGAGGAGAUGGAGGCCCUUGUCAAGGACCACGGUGUCAACUCUUUCCUUGUCUAUCUGGCUUAUAAGGGCGUUUUCCAGCUUGCUGACUCUCAGGUCUAUGAGGUGUUCAGUGUGAUCCGGGACCUGGGGGCCAUCGCUCAGGUCCAUGCUGAGAAUGGAGACAUUGUGGCUGAGGAGCAGCGUCGUAUCCUGGAGCAGGGCAUCACUGGACCUGAGGGACACGUCUUGAGCCGUCCUGAAGAGGUGGAGGCAGAGGCUGUUAAUCGUUCGGUGACAGUAGCCAAUCAGACCAACUGUCCCCUCUAUGUCACUAAGGUGAUGAGCAAGAGUGCUGCUGAUGUCAUCGCUCAGGCCAGGAAGAAGGGCACGGUGGUGUACGGGGAGCCAAUCACUGCCAGCCUGGGCACAGACGGCUCACACUAUUGGAGCAAGAACUGGGCGAAGGCUGCCGCCUUCAUCACGUCCCCGCCCCUCAGCCCAGACCCGACCACGCCCGACUAUCUCAGCUCCCUGCUCUCCUGUGGAGACCUUCAGGUGACUGGAAGUGCCCACUGCACCUUCAACACUGCCCAGCGCGCCGUGGGCAAAGACGACUUCACCCUCAUCCCCGAGGGUACCAACGGCACUGAGGAGAGAAUGUCCCUCAUCUGGGACAAGUGUGUGGUGACAGGCAAAAUGGAUGAGAACCAGUUUGUGGCGGUCACCAGCACCAAUGCUGCUAAGAUCUUCAACCUGUACCCCCGUAAGGGCCGCAUCGCUGUGGGCUCUGACGCCGACCUGGUCCUCUGGGACCCAGACGUCACCAAGAUCAUCUCAGCCAAGAGCCACAACUCGAAUGUGGAGUACAACAUCUUUGAGGGUGUGGAGGUGCGUGGCGCCCCCCUGGUAGUGAUCAGCCAGGGUAAGAUCGUCCUGGAGGAGGGGAACCUCCACACCACCGAGGGGUGCGGCCGCUUCGUGGGCCGGAAGCCCUUCUCAGACUACGUCUACAAGAGGAUAAAGGCCCGCAGCAGGCUGGCUGAGCUAAGGGGUGUUCCCCGGGGGCUGUAUGACGGGCCUGUCUGUGAAGUGUCAGUCACACCCAAAACUAUGACUCCUGCCUCCUCUGCCAAGAACUCUCCAGCCAAGCAGGCAGUAGCCGGCGCCCAGCCUGUCCGCAACCUGCACCAGUCAGGGUUCAGCCUAUCUGGUGCUCAAGUUGAUGACAACCUUCCUCGGCGUAACACCCAGCGCAUUGUGGAGCCACCUGGUGGCAGGGCCAACAUCACCAGCCUGGGUUAACCCCUCCCAUUGGCCACCAGGGGAAACGAGGGCUUGAGAGGGGCAUCAGGGACUAGGGGCCAUUCCACCAGGAGCCAAACCAAUUCUCCCCUCCUCAAUCUCUUUCCCCCGUCUCACGAUCCGUACAUCUCUCCCCCACUCUCUCUCCCCCACUCUCUCUCCCCCGCUCUCUCUCCCCCGCUCUCUCUCCCCGCUCUCUCUCCCCCACUCUCUCUCCCCCACUCUCUCUCCCCCUCUCUCUCCCCCGCU